GCAGCGCUUCCGCUUCCCGCCGGGCCGGCGGCCUCGCGGCUCCGCUUCCCUUCCCCUGGGCCGCGGGCGGGCGGCUGAGCCGGCAGGCAUGGCCAGUUACACCAAGGCGGCCCAGCAAUGGGCUACUUUUGCCAGAGCCUGGUAUCUGCUUGAUGCGAAGAUGCAACCACCAGGAAAAAUAGCAGCUGCAACUGUAAUCAGACUUGAAGGCAGACAUAAACCUAUUUAUCAUGCACUAAGUGACUGUGGAGAUCAUGUUGUCAUAAUAAAUACAAGACAUAUUGCCUUCUCUGGUAACAAAUGGGAACAGAAAGUAUAUUCUUCACAUACAGGCUAUCCUGGUGGUUUCAAACAAGUGACAGCAACUCAGCUCCAUUUGAAGGAUCCAACUGCUAUUGUUAAACUGACUGUUUAUAGAAUGCUUCCCAAAAACCUUCAGAGAAGAACUCUGAUGCAGAGGCUGCACCUUUUCCCAGAUGAUGUUAUUCCAGAAGACAUAGAGAAGAAUCUUCUACAAGAGAUUCCUCAGCCACGUGCAGUCCCCAAGAGGUUAGAUGAAUAUACACCAGAAGAAAUUGCUGCCUUUCCAAAAGUUUGGUCUCCACCUAAAGAUUUUCGAAGGAAGUAAUAAUAAUAAAAGAAGAACUGUCAUCAGGAAUGUCCUCCUUGAAAAAAAUUAUUCUAACGUGGAAGCAACUGUGCAUCUCAGUCAACCCUUCUACACAGAAUGUUUUUGACAGGUGUGAGCAAACUUUAUUUAGAAAGAUUAUAAAAAUUACUGUAUUUGAAACAGCUAAGAAAGGAUAUUAUGUUGUUAAAGCCAUCUGUAUUCUGUGUUGUAUGACCUGGUAUUUGUUAAUUACAUUUGUUUCAACACUAUUAUUAAAUAAUUGAUAUUGAUAUUUA